AUAAAAUUUAGUAAUAAAUAAAUUAUUUAAGUUGUGUAAUACGACCGGUUAUAAUUUCACCUUUUGUGGUAAAUUUACUUAAAAUUAAGUAGUUGAAAUUAUUUAUUUUCAAGGUAAAUCACGAGAACAUAUGUAAGAAGUAUCCACAAUAUUUGUUAUUAUUUUAGUUUAUACCUGUGUUUAUAUUUUGGGAAAUGGGUUAUCCUAAAUGUUUCAUAUCUUAUCGUCUAAGUAUAUAAAAUAAAAAUUAAUCCAGGUAUAAAGAAUUAUCUACAUGUUAAUACAACAACAAAUUAAUUAAAUAAAAAUAAAACAUGGAAACCAAUGGAAAUGGGUCACAGGCGUACAUAAUUACAAAUUCCCAAUUAGGUUUAGAACUAGACCCCAAAGAUGAAAAAGACAAAAAUGAAAAUGAACCAAAAAAACGUAACUUGAUUUUUUGGAAAUGUUUGGUGUUUGGAGUUUUUAGUGGAUAUUUUCUCUGGGCCACCAUAUAUUACGUGCAAGAUUUGAAAAGACUGUCUAUAAGCGAUUCAGCUUGUAGUGGCUAUGGCUGUUUAAUGAUACUAUACAUUUUUAUUUUAUAUGGAAUUACCUAUACAUACAUUAUUAAACCAUACCUGGAAAAACAUGUAUUAAAAUUCUUGGUAUACCCUAUAACGUCAUGCCUUAAGAAAAUUAAAUAUAUAGAUCAAUUAUUUUCGGCGGCAUUUUUUUUAGGUGUUUUUGGGUAUCUAAUUUUCGAUACCAGUGAUAAUAGAAGUAGGUUAAUGCCUAUUAGUGGUCUUUUGGUCUUUUUACUAAUAGGUUUCUUAAUGUCAAAUAAUAAGAAAAAAAUACCUUGGCAUACAGUAUUAUGGGGUCUAAAGCUACAAUUUAUUUUUGGCUUCAUCACAAUCAGAUGGAAUGUGGGACGGCAAAUUUUUUCGUGCAUUGGGGAUAAAAUUACAACAUUUCUGCAUUACUCGCAAGAGGGGGCUAAAUUUGUGUAUGGAGACACUCUAGUGUUGGGAGAAAUUAACCCAGAAACCAACGUUAGAGACUUGGGGGGAGUUUUUGCGUUUAGUGGUAUACUGACAGUGUAUUUUAUGGCUUUCAUGAUCAAUAUUUUGUAUUAUUACGGAAUUAUGCAAAAAGUUGUAAAAGUUAUUGGUGAAUUUUUACAAAUGGUUAUGGAUACAACAAUAUGUGAAAGUGUCAAUACAGCUGCUAAUAUUUUUUUGGGAAUGACAGAAGCCCCUUUACUGUUAAAACCUUAUCUAAAAAAUUUAACUAAUUCCGAAAUAAAUUCCAUAAUGACGUCAGGGUUUGCAACAGUAGCUGGGAGUGUAAUGGCCGCAUAUAUCAGCUAUGGGGCCGACCCUGCUGCUCUUAUUACCGCCAGUGUGAUGUCUGCGCCAGCGGCCCUGUGUUUCAGUAAAAUGAUGGUCCCAGAAACUGAGGAAGUUAAAAUUACCAAAGAAAAUGUCGAUAUAGUCGAAAAUGAGUACGAAUCCGUUUUGGAUGCUGCCAGUCAAGGUGUCAGUAUGGGACUACAGAUAGUGCUAGGAAUUUGUAGCAGUGUUAUAGCAUUUAUUGCAUUUGUGGCUUUUAUAAAUGGUAUAUUAGGGUGGAUGGGAAUUUUAGUAGGGUUUUCUGGAGAGAACCAAUGGUCUCUGGAUCUAAUAGCAGGGAAGAUAUUUAUUCCCGUCAGCUAUAUAAUGGGAGUCCCUUGGGAAGACUGCGAGAAAGUAGGAAAGUUAAUAGGAUUAAAAACCAUGAUAAACGAAUUUGUGGCUUACAAAACCAUGGGCGAAAUGAAUCUUACGGGAAGAACAAAAAUGAUAGCAACAUAUGCUAUAUGUGGUUUCUCUAAUCCUGGCUCAGUCGGCAUAUUAAUAUCUGCCAUGGUGGCUCUAAUACCACACAAGAAACAAGCAAUUUUAAAAACGAUUUACAAAUCUUUCAUUGGUGGAGCACUGGUUUGUUUCAUGACAGCCUGUAUUGCUUCAAUGUUGUAUCCUGAAAUUGCCCUUCAAUAAAAAAGUUCCAGUGUUUUAAAGG